GUGGCUUCUCAUCCCCUGUCGGCCUUUAGUUCGCUACUAGUUUAAAGUUUAAAGACGGUCAACACGAUGCUCAACACCAGCGAGUUCGCGACUCUGCGGAAUAGAUUCAAGAGAGAUGCGGAGUUCCUGUUGCAGGCGAGCGGCGAGGAAGAGGAGAAGAAGAGUCAGGAGGAAAAAGAUGCUAAACCUCUCCCGCGCUUUAACAGACACUCCCUUUUCUGGAUCGUGGCGUCGAUAGGCGUGACCUACUAUGUGGAUUUCCUCCACAACAUCCUGGAGAAUGAUGACAUCAAAAGUUGGUGGUUCAAUGUGAGUCUGACGCUCCUCGGGAUCUGCCUGUCCCUCGCCAUGUUUUGCAUCGUGUACCUGGAGUGGUUCAAAGGCAUCGAGCACUAUGACCAGGAGUAUCCCGCCGUCCCCCCGCUCGCCACCGCAGCCUUCAUCGCUGCGUCCUGCAGCCUCAACAUGGCCCUGUGGCCCGUGUGGUCCUUCUUCACGCCACUCAUCCUCUUCACACAGUUCAUGGGCGUGGUCAUGCUCAUCUCUUUGAUGGGGUGAAUGUGACGGGUGGAGGAUAAUAGUUCCUCUGUCAUUUUGAGUUUCAUAACAUUUAUUUUUUAUUGACGAAAUAACCUUUUAUUUGGCCUUUAAAUUGUGAUUAUUUUUUGCGUAAGUAAAAUUGUGUCACUAAACAUUAAAUAUUGAAUACCGACGCUUUGCACUUGAAGAUUUGCAUAUAAUAACGUUAUUGUUAUCCACAAUGUUCAGUUUUCUUCCAUUUUACACGCAUUUCACAGUCAAUGUCAAGUUUACAACUGAAUUAACAAACUGCACUGACGGAGACAUUCCAGCACCAAAAUUAACAUAUAUAUAUAUGUAUGUGUAUAUAUAUAUAUAUGUAUGUGUAUAUAUAUAUGUGUAUGUAUGCACCUGCAGCUGAUUGAUCUCGACCCCCCUGCUGAACCAACAUGGCUCUCGUGGCCUCGGCUCCGCAUGGCAGCGUCACUGUGGUGACAUCUCGGUUUAUGAUUUGUCACUGACGUGUUCUCCCAAAGAAACGAUGACGUGUGUGUGUGUUUUAUUUCUUUCUCUUUUCUGAACGAGAGCGGUUGCCGAUCACGUUAACUGCGGAUCUGCUCGGUUCAUCCGGGCUUCAGGGAGCUUUGACAUUGAACCGACCUUCACGACCCCCAGAGGUCGUAUUCACAGACCUUCUGAGGACCGAGCCGCCGCUGUUUGAGCUCGAGAGCGAUUUUUAAAGAGAGCAAAAAAGGGAAUGAAACGUCUCGACUUGGUGAGGAGGUGAGGUGUGAUUGGUUGUUAUAAAAGAACAAUGCCACCCAUGACAAUGGACAGUGACAUAGAGAUGCCAAAAGAGAGUCUCUUCUGCUUUGUGAAGACGGGCCCAGGGUGCAGACACUGAAGCAGAUAAAUGGCUUUGUUGUUAUUUAUAGUGUUCUAUUUAUUUCUUUGCUCUUUCCACAUGUGAAAAUGGCCUUUCUUUUGUAUUUAAAUGUAUAUAACAAUGUGUUUAUGCAAAGGAACAAAAGGGUUGUACCUGCUAAUGAAAACCAACAAAGAUUUUUACUUAUGAUUUUUUUUUUUCAAGAGCAUCUUGUGGUAAACAAUGUUGACUGCUCAUAUUCUGUAAAAUAAAUAAUCUUAAAUAAAGUUUUAUAACUGAUUUCA